AUGCUAUCUUCCCCAGAUUGUCUAGUUGCCGGUCAUCGUGGCUUCAAGGGUAAAUAUCCAGAAAACACCCUCUAUGGAUUCGAAAAAUGCUUCAAAGCAGGCGCUACAAUUUUUGAAACCGAUGUCUGGACCACCAAGGAUGACGUUUUAGUCAUCUCGCAUGACGUUAAUACGAAGAGGGUGUUUGUCGAUGAGGACGGAAACGAGACGAAUUUCAAUAUCUUGGAGUCUUACUACGAUGAUAUUAAGGAUUUGCGUAUCAUAGGCAGCAACGAAAAGAUCAUCACUUUCAAAGGGCUCCUAAGGUGGUUCGUUGAAGCCGGCAAAAGAUACGAUAGUCUGGAAGAAUCACCCGCCAAACACAGGAUCAUGCUUGAUAUCAAGAAGCUCAAUCCUCCAAAGAUCUUGAAACUUCUUGUUCAAGAUAUGCUUGAGGUCCACAAUGACUUGAGCUGGUGGUUCCCCCGCAUUCAGCUAGGUUUGUGGGACUUACGCUUCUUGAAGUACUUGAACCAAGACGACUGGUUUGAUGACUUUUUCUCAAGCACCAGUCCUCGCAAUGGCUUCAAGCACUUUGACAUCAUCCAUAUUUCUGUUGCAUGGCAGACAUCUAUGCGUUUCCUCGGCUAUAACCAGUACGUUGAAGAGUUGGGUAACGACAGAUUCUACUUCAAGUGCACGGCUGUGUCACUCAUUUAUAUCAGCACUUGGUCGACGGAUUUCCUCACCAAGUUCUUGCCGGCAUUGAAGGCAGAGGGUCUUAAGUUGUUCUCCUGGACGGUCAACAAUCGGGUGCAGCUUGAAUAUCUCGUUACAGUGGGUCUGAAGGCCCGCCUCAGAGAAUACGGUGUCAUCACCGAUCAUCCUGACAAGAUGGUUGAAUUCGUCAACGAUGUGGAAAGAGCAUAUUUGACUUCCGUGGAUUCCGAAGCAUCUCCUUUCCUCACCGAGAAGGACGAAGAAAUUCACGUUCCCCUCAAGCUUAAGGCCUCCAACUGGCUUUACAUGCUUGUUGUGAAUAUGUUCGCCUCGAAGGGCGCUCCACCAGUGUCUGAGACCUCGUUCAAGUCGUACAUCGAUCCAGAUGAAAUCACGAAGGUGCAAGUCAGCAAGGUGUGGAUGACGGUUUUCGCCGCUUGUCAGAAGUAUGGCAUUUUUUAG